AUGUUAGGAUUACUAACGAUUACAAGCGUAUUCCGAAAUUGGCGGAAUAGCUUACAACGCAAAGUGGAAAACGAUAAUGAAACAGCUAAUGAAUAUGCAACAAGAGUUAAUGCUCAAAAAAGUUAUAAAUUGGAUGAACCACCAAUUUCGGCAUGA